AUGGCCAUGGACACCCAAAUCUACUCGGCAACGUACUCCAACGUCCCUGUGUUUGAGUUCGUCACAUCAGAGGGCCCUAUAAUGAGACGAAAGCUGGAUUCGUGGAUUAAUGCUACCCAUAUAUUGAAAAUCGCUCGGUUUCCGAAAGCCAAACGAACAAGAAUACUAGAAAAAGACGUCCAAACGGGGAUACACGAGAAGGUUCAGGGUGGAUAUGGAAAAUAUCAAGGAACCUAUGUACCUUUGAAUCUCGGCGCCGAAAUUGCCCAGUCUUUCGGCGUAUACGAUGUGCUCAAGCCUAUCUUUGAAUUUGAGUACGUAGAAGGCAAGUCCGACACACCACCACCGGCACCCAAACAUAGCCAUGCUUCGGCAUCUAAUGUGGCAAGACGACAGUUGAGUACUGGACUGGUACCUGCUGCCAAAGCAACUAAAACCGCCAGUACCGAACCCAAAAGACGAGGCCGCCCAAAACGACUGGCCCCGGAAGUCGACUUAUACCCCAGACAGCAUCCUCUGUUGAAACGAACUUCUAGAAGGUCGGAACCAAUAGCACCCGUGUCUCGACAAGACACAGAACAGGACGAGAUCCAAGCCAUGAGCGGUGGCUUGAAUGUUAAAGAGGAAGACCUCGAGGUGGAAAGCACCGAUGACAGCGACGAAGACAACAAUGAAGGAGACAACGAGGAUAUCGACCAAGAAGAAGAUGCAUUGAUGAGUGGACGAGAUUUAGGGUUUGCUACUCCAAGGGCUUCCUUUGAUAGGCAUUAUGACCGGCCCCAAAGAUCGUUCAAUGGCAUGGCUAGCAUGAACAGUACCAACAGCGACCCAUACAGUCUUCUGCAAUACCAUCAUAUGGCUACUCUGGCUUCCAGAAACGACCUGGUUCACGAUGAAUAUUUCAACAGCCUCCUCAAUUACUUUUUGGAAGACAAGGUGAGAUCCGAACAAAUUCCUCCAAAACUAUCAUCCCCACCCCAACCUUUGUCUAGCAUUAAUAUCACUCGAGGAAUCGAUAAUGACGGCAACACCAUCUUCCAUUGGGCUUGCUCGAUGGCCAACACCACUGCCAUCCACUUCCUUCUUUCCACAUUCAGUUCCUACCUCACAGCCAACGUGAAAAAUUCUCAUGGCGAAACUCCACUCAUGUUUGCAGUAAAGUUCAGCAAUGCUUACCAGUGGAAAAAUUUCCCGGCAUUGCUAGAGAUUUUAUUUGACUCAAUUCUUCUGGUCGAUAGCUCGGGCAUGACUGUCCUCCAUCAUAUUGUCAAGGCAUCUCUUGAAACAAAUGACGAUGGAAAGAAAGAAAGAUUUGCUAAAUACUAUCUUGAAUCUUUGAUUGAGCGCCUCAUUCAGUAUGAGAAAGAGGGACUGCCACCAGAACACAAGAGUAAAUCCAAAACUACUUCAUUAAACAGUAAUCGAAGGGCUGUGAUAUACAAAUUCAUUAACCAUCAAGAUGUCAACGGGAACACAGCAUUUCACAUUGCAGCCUAUCAUUUACGGAAAAAGCUAAUCAAGGUACUAAUUGCAUAUCACAGCUAUAUCGACUUUUCUUUGAAAAACUUGGUAUCUUAUAGCGUGGAAGAUUAUCUCGCAACUUUCAAUUAUGUCUUGAGAUUAGACUCAGAUUCAAAAAAAAUUGGCGUGGAUGGUUUAGGAGUACAUGACAUAGCAUUUGCAGGCAGCACCAUGAGUUUUGAUACCCAGAGCCACAUGACCAAGAUGGCAAUUAAAGCACAGAAUAAUGCCUCGAAUUUGAUCGCUGAACGCCUCAGCCAACUAUCUUACUCAAUGGAGAAAGAACUAAUUGAUCAAGAUGCUCAACUCAGAUCCUAUUUUCUGGCCGUGGGUCACAGCGGUAAACGAAGGGUGGAAUCUCAGAGAGAGAUCUUGCAGUAUUUCAAACUCGAGUACCUUGUGGACGAGAACGAAGCAAACCCUAAUCCUACACGAGACGAGCUUAUACAAGAUGAGAUUCAUAGAUUGCACAAUGAUCUCUGCUUUCAAGUUUUACAGCAGAAAAAUGAACUAGAAACAGGCUUUCUGAAACUCAAAAAGUUGGAACACUUGGUGCAGAAUAAGCGGAUUGAAGAAAGGUCAAAGGAGAUAGAAGAAGAAGGAAAAGUUGUUGCACGCAAUACCACACCUAUCCAACAGGCAAUCCAAUUGCAAAAACUCAUACAAAAGAGACAACAGUUGCUCGACAAGUUGUACGAGGAAAGACGUGCGGUGCCAAUGACAAUCAGCAUGGAUGACGUAAAGGAAAACAUGGACCAAACCAACACAAACGGUGAUGAUGAAGGAAUAAUUUCCACAUUUCCUCAAGAAGACAAACUCUACAAGUAUUGCAAACUCAUCUCGCUUUGUUGUGGCAUGAGUAUGAAGGAGGUGGAAUCCUCCAUCGACCUCAUUGAGCUGUCGCUUUCCAAACCGAAUAGCUGA